AGAUCUCCGUGAUGAUGAUAAGCACUAUUUGGCUGAUCACCCUAGAUUGAUGCCUGUGACAACUGCACAGGUGUGCUUUUUUCCCCAUUAGUUGCUCUCUACACCUUGAUGGUAAUGUUUGGUUCCAUUCAUGGUAAUGGUUUUCAUAUAAUCAGGGUGUGGAACUCUCUAAACAGAUUGGUGCUACAUAUUAUAUACAAUGCAGCUCAAGAACUCAGCAGAGGUUUUUUUAUGUUUGUGAGGAUGAUGUUAUUGUGCGUAGUCCAAGAGAUGUGGAUCAAGAAAAUGGAAGAAAUGAGGGCAAAAGGAAGCUUAGAAGAGUUCCAACAAGCUCAGGUCCAUCCUGCAAGUGUGGUUGAGGGCAAUGCAGUAGUGAGAAGGGAAGCCAGAUGGAAGGCACCAAGGGAGAGCUUUGUCAAACCCAAAUGGGAUGCAUGGUCAGUUGAUAGAAGAUAUUAAAAGGGCUCUUUACA